AUGUCGACCACUACUCUUACUUGCACAGAACCGCCUUUCGCUGUCGCGGUGCAGCCCGAUAUUGGGUACCACCCGGACGAAGCGAAAUGGAAGGAGCGCACGGCCAGACGCCUCAGUGAAGACCCGUCACUCCCCAACACGCCCCUCCCCGACGGAUUCCCCUCUCAAGUUCUCGGUCCAAUCGUCUGGGAAGGCAAAGAUUGGGAGUGCGAAGACCAGUGGGUGUAUACUCUCAGCGAGGAACAGUUGCGGGAGAUCGAUUUUGGGUUGAAUCAUUUCAAGGGUAAACUCGACUCGAUUUAUGAUCGUUGUUGCCUCGAUCUGGCUAUGGGUUUUGUGGGGAAGAAUACUUUUCCUCUUCCCACCCUCAGCACGGUGUUGCAAGAUUUAGCGAGGGAGCUUUAUUCCGGGAGAGGAUUCUUCGUAUUGAGGACGAUACCCAUUGAGAAGUACACGCGGGAGGAACUCUUUAUCAUCUAUGCCGGGAUCUCCUCACAUGUCGGUACCGCUCGAGGCAGAGACAAGACGCUUCAGGCGUCGUCCUGGCGCACAUCAAAGACCUCACCGUCAGCCAUGCACAAGAGAAGGGCGGGAUCGGCAACUCCGCGUAUACCAGCGACAAGCCGGUCUUUCAUACCGACAUCGGGGACCUCAUUGCACUCAGAAACGGCUGCGGAGGGCGGCACCUCGAGGAUCAGUAGCGGUGGCAGGAUAUACAACGAGUUAGCCGCUACAAGGCCCGACUUGAUCAAAACCCUAUCCGAGCCAUGGCCUUUAGAUAGCUUUGGCGGCACCCCAAGCUACACCACCCGACCUCUCCUCUACCACGUCGCCGUCAACGGAGAGAGCAAGGUCGUCUUCCAAUACUCCCGCCGUCACUUCACGGGGUACGGCCCUCAAAAACGCAAUCCUGAUAUCCCACCCAUCACAGAAGCCCAAGCCGAAGCGCUAGACGCCAUCCACUUUCUCGCUGAAAAGUACACUCUAGGGCUGAACUUCCAAAAGGGCGAUAUCCAGUACAUCAAUAGUCUCGGACUCCUGCAUGCGAGGGAUGGAUUUAGGGACAGCCCUGACAAAGCGUGA